CACAAACUAUUAUACCACAUACUAUAAUAAUCUGCACUCCAAAGAUAGACUGUUAUAACACAGACUAAAAUAUAAUUUGCACUCUAAACACAGACUAUUAUAACACACAGACUAUUAUAAUCCACAGACUAACAUUGACUAUUAUAACUCACUCAGCGCUCCAAACACCCCCCUUUCAAGGGUAUUUUUCAAAUAACAUUCAACACCUACAUGUAAAACAAAGGAUUUUUUUUAAUCAAAGACUGAAUAAAAUGGAUCACGAUUUGUUUGCCAGAAUUCUAAAGAUUUUUCUUUUUUGAGAUUUUCUAAAAUCAAACCUUAGAAAUAUGCUAUUCACACCCAUUUCUAAUGAGUAAGAGGAUGACCCUCAGCCCAAUCAAAAAUCAAAUAAGUAAAAGAUUUUAAAGAAGAAUAAAGAAAAACAAAACCUAAAAGGGAAAACCUCAGCCGCCUUCCUCACCCGGCCCCCAUUACUUGUUAAGUUUCUUCUUCAGAUUCUCCGCUCUGCACCUCGCACCGUCGCACGCACGCCGGCCGCCAUUCUCCUCCGUUCUUCAGAACUCCACAGCUCCCUCAGUUUCAUACUUCGCACACACGUACGUCGCCGUCACUCUCUCAGUUUUUCCUCCACGGCUUCCCUUCAGAUGAGACCACCACCACACCAGCUCAACCAUCCGAGAUUCUGAAAGCUCCACCGCCGCCGCCAGUAGCAACUUCGAGUUCGAAAGUCCUCCAAAAGGUCGCCGUCGUCCAGCGCUCACUCCCGGCCCUGCUUCAACCUCCUGUUUCAAGCGGUGAGUGUUCUUCAAAGCUUAGUUGUUUCCCUUUCGUCUCUCGAGAACGCCGGCUGUUGAAGAUUGAGUAGUUGGAGUAGCUUUUCACAGCCAUGGCUCAGACCACAGAGGGCGCGUCUGAGUCGGUCAAGAUGGUAGCCUUCAGCUUCAUGACUAAUGAGGAGGUUCGUAAACAUAGUGCUGUAAAAAUUACUGCACCUAUAUUAUUAGACGGUAUGGGGAGACCCGUAUCUGGUGGACUCUAUGAUCCCGCAAUGGGCUCUUUAGACGAGACAACACUUUGCAAAUCUUGCGGACAGAGGCCUUUCUAUUGCCCUGGUCAUUGUGGUCACAUUGACCUCGUUUCACCUGUGUAUAAUCCCUUGUUAUUUAUUAUUCUCCAUAAUCUUCUUCAAUGUACUUGUUUCUCUUGCCACCAUUUUCGAGCUGGUGCAAAUCAGGUUGAAAAAUGUAAAACUCUACUGGAGCUUAUUUUGAACGGUCAAGUUGUUGAGGCUAAACAGUUGAAACAGUCGGAGGACCAGACGGAGGAUUCGGAGUUACUAACUGAGUCUUCACAUUCAAUGUAUACCGAUGAAAGGAAGAACAUGAAACCGAAAACAUGGACUUCUCUUCAAUUUUCUGAAGCCAUAUCAGUUGUGAAUAAAUUUUUGAAGCACAAACAGAAAGAAUGCAAAAAUUGUGGAGCCAAAAAUCCUAAGAUUACUAAACCAACUUUUGGUUGGCUUCACAUGAGUCGCUUGGCUGGAGCCCAUAAAAGGGCCAAUGCCAUUAGAGGUUGCAAGCCUGUGAGUGUAAGUAGUGGAACUGAAGGAAUAUCCUCGCUUGAGGAAGAGACUACAAUUUCGCACCCCACUGUUAUCAAUAUAUUGGAAGGAGAUGCAUUUGAUGACACUGCAACCAAGGCCCCUAUAGAAGAUUCUGAGGAAGUUCCCCCGGAAAUUUUCAUGCAAAAGAAUUUCUCCUCAGGACAGUUGAUGCCAUCUGAGGUUAAAGAUAUCAUGAAGCGUUUGUGGAAAAAUGAAGCUACUCUUUGUUCCUUUAUUAGUGAUAUUCGUCAGCAGGGACAUGGAAAUAGGGCAGGCUAUUCCAUGUUUUUCUUAGAGUCUGUUCUAGUCCCUCCAAUUAAGUUCCGCCCCCCUGCAAAAGGAGGUGAUUCUGUAAUGGAGCAUCCUCAAACAGUGUUACUGAACAAGGUGCUACAGUCCAAUAUAUCAUUAGGAAAUGCUCAUGCUAACAAAUCGGAACACUCAAAGAUAGUGAGGCUAUGGAUGGAUCUUCAACAAUCUAUCAAUAUUUUGUUUGAUAGCAAAACUGCAGCUGGUCCAGGCAAAAAAGAUGCUUCUUUGGGAAUAUGUCAGUUAUUGGAGAAGAAGGAAGGCAUGUUUCGUCAGAAGAUGAUGGGAAAGAGGGUUAACUUUGCAUGCCGAUCUGUCAUUUCACCAGAUCCAUACUUAGCAGUUAAUGAAAUUGGAAUCCCCCCUUAUUUUGCAUUGAGAUUAACCUAUCCAGAGAGAGUGACUGCUUGGAAUGUUCAGAAGUUACGAAAUGCUAUAAUCAAUGGUCCUGAAAUCCAUCCAGGUGCCACACAUUACAUAGAUAAGUUAGCUACAGUAAAAUUGAACUUAAAACCAAGUCGGAAAUCACGCAUUUCUAUCUCGAGGAAAUUGCCAUCUUCUCGUGGUGUGGUUGUGGAUCAAGGAAGCGAUGAUUAUGAAUUUGAAGGGAAAAUUGUGAAUCGCCAUCUGCAAGAUGGAGAUAUUGUUCUCGUGAAUCGACAGCCUACACUUCAUAAACCUAGUAUAAUGGCUCAUGUUGUCCGUGUCUUGAAGGGCGAGAAAACAAUUCGCAUGCAUUAUGCAAAUUGCAGUACGUAUAAUGCUGAUUUUGAUGGUGAUGAAAUGAACGUUCAUUUUCCUCAAGAUGAAAUUUCUCGUGCUGAAGCUUAUAAUAUUGUGAAUGCGAAUAACCAGUAUGUCAAACCCACUAGCGGUGAACCCAUCAGAGCCUUAAUUCAGGACCACAUUAUAAGUGCUGUACUUCUCACGAAGAAGGAUACUUUUUUAAAUUUUGAUGAGUUUAGCCAGCUUCUCUAUAGUUCUGGCAUUACAACAUCAAGAGCAUGUGGUUCUUCAGAGAAACCUGGGCAGAAGAUUUUCACUUUAGAUUUUGAAGCUGAAAUGCUACCUGUUCUUCCUGCAGUAUGGAAACCAGAGCCUCUUUGGACAGGAAAACAGGUUGUCACAGCCUUAUUGAAUCAUAUCACUAGAGGCUCCCCACCAUUUUGUGUGGAAAAAGAUGUGAAAAUUCCACGCGGUUUUUUUAAGUGCAGAGAUAUAGGAAAUAAUUCUUCCAAAGGUAAAAUGGUCGAUGGCGAAAAAUCAAAGAGAAAAAGAACUAUGAACGGAAAUAAGUUGGGAAAAGGUGAAGUUCUUGAUGAAGAGGAUUCAAAGAAAAAGGAGUACUUAAAGGUUGAUAAGUCGAAGGCAGCACGUUUGGAGGAUGAUAGCUUACUAAUAUUUAAAAAUGAAUUGGUGCGCGGUGUCAUAGAUAAGGCUCAAUUUGGUGAUUAUGGCUUAGUGCAUACAGUGCAGGAGCUCUAUGGUUCAAACACCGCUGGCCUGUUGCUUUCUGUGAUGAGUCGUUUGUUCACUGUUUUUCUUCAGACACAUGGAUUCACAUGUGGAGUAGAUGAUCUUUUGCUGAUAGAAUAUAUGGACAAGGAGAGAGAGAAGCAACUCCAAAUCUGCGAGAAAAUUGGUGAACAGGUGCAUCUUGGAUUUCUUAAGGUCAAGGAUGGAGAAAAAUUAGACCCAAUGACACUGCAGCUGAAUAUUGAGAAAACUAUUUCCAAUAAUGGAGAAUCUGCACUAACAUCAUUGGAUAGAAAAAUGACCAGCCAACUUAAUGAAAGGACUGGAAACUCAAAGGUCCUCAAGGAUUUGCUGUCUGAAGGUUUGCUAAAACCCUCAGUGAAGAACUGCAUUUCUCUGAUGACGACUUCUGGGGCUAAAGGUGGUACGGCUAAUUUUCAACAAAUAUCUUCACAUUUAGGCCAGCAACAGUUAGAAGGCAAACGAGUUCCCAGAAUGGUCUCAGGAAAGACUUUACCCUGCUUUCCACCUUGGGAUUGGGCAUCACGAGCUGGAGGGUUCAUUGUUGAUCGCUUUCUUACUGGGCUUCGACCUCAAGAAUAUUACUUCCAUUGCAUGGCUGGCCGUGAAGGGUUGGUUGAUACAGCAGUUAAGACAUCUCGGAGUGGAUAUCUACAAAGAUGCCUAAUAAAAAAUCUGGAGUCUCUGAAAAUUUGUUACGAUCACACUGUCCGCGAUGCUGAUGGCUCUGUGAUUCAAUUCCAAUAUGGCGAGGACGGUGUAGAUGUCCAUAAAACAGCCUUUAUUACAAAAUUUGAAGCACUAGCAGCUAACCAAGAUAUGCUUUACCAAAAAAGUCAUCAUCAACUUGGCAAGUAUAAUCUAUUCAUCAAUGAGUUGCCUUCAUCUCUUCAAGAGAAAGCAGAGUUCAUAUAUAAUUCACUUUCUAAGGAUAAGGUUCCUGGUCUGGUACCAAAAGAAGACUUCGUCAGACUAUUGGAGAAUAAGUACCUAUCAAGUCUGGCACAGCCUGGAGAACCAGUUGGCGUACUGGCUGCACAGUCUAUUGGAGAGCCAUCAACACAGAUGACGUUAAACACAUUCCAUCAUGCUGGGCGUGGUGAGAUGAAUGUGACCCUUGGAAUUCCUCGCCUUCAGGAGAUCUUGAUGACUGCUUCUCAAGAGAUUAAGACACCUAUAAUGACAUGCCCAUUGAGAGAGGGCUACUCAAUGGAUGUUGCAAAGUGUCUUGCUAAUAAGCUAAAGAAGAUUACAGUAGCUGACAUAAUAGAGAGCAUGAAUGCAACUGUUGUGCCAUUUUCUCAAAGAAAGCGAGAGAGAUGCAGUAUUUACAAGCUUCGAAUUAACUUUUAUCCACUUGAAAAUAAUCCACAGCAUGCUCAUAUACCACCUGAAGAUUUGAAAGACACAUUGGAAAAUGUAUUUGUUAGGGCGUUGGAAGAUUUGAUCGAAAAUGAAAUGCACUUGCUAUCAAAGAUCAAUGGGAUAAGAAAUUUUGUUUCCGAUUCACAAUCAAAGGGUUCAAGUGAAAGAGAUGAAUUCAGCAGUUCACAACAAGAAGAAAAUGAUGAUGAUGAUGAUCUUGGUAAUGACUUAGAUGUCGCUGAAGAUCUUGGUUCCGAUAUGAAAAAACAAAAACUUCAAGCUACCGAUGAGAUGGAUUAUGAAGAUGAUUCAGAAGAUGAACUUGAUGCCAAAGAACCAUCAACAGGAUUUGAAAGUGAAGUUGAUCAAGGCGAUGAAGCUGAAAUAACCAAUGAUGAUAUGAUGGAAAUCGUGAAAGGCGGUACAUCUGAGAAUCAGACUGAGAUAGUAGAUGUCUCAAAGUCCAAGUCGAAAGGGAAGACAACCGAAGCAGCGAACAAAAAGAAGAAAGUUAAAGAGUUCACCAGAUUUGACUACGAUAGAUCAAUUUUUGUGGAAGCCAAGGGAAAUCAUUUUGAGGUUCAUUUUAAGUUUACAAAUGAACCUCAUAUUUUGCUAACCCAGAUCGCUCAGAGAGCGGCCCAGAAGGUGUCUAUUCAAAGCUCGGGCAAAAUCAUCCGAUGUCAACAAAUUACGUGCAAGGAAGGUCCGGUAAUAUACCAUGGGAACAAUGUCAAGGAAAGAAAGAAUAUCAAACCAGAAGAAAAGGAAAAAAUUCCUGCUCUGCAGACCAGUGGGGUUGACUUCAUGACGCUCUGGGAGUUGCAAGAUGAGCUUGAUGUUAGAUAUAUAUAUUCCAAUGACAUUCAUGCCAUGCUUCAAACAUAUGGAGUGGAAGCUGCUAGGGAAACCAUAAUAAGAGAAAUUCAAAACAUUUUCACUUCAUAUGGGAUAUCUGUCAAUAUGCGACAUCUAACUCUCGUUGCUGAUUAUAUGACUCAUUCUGGUGGGUACCGACCGAUGAGCCGACUAGGAGGCAUAGCCGAUUCAAUAUCUCCUUUCAGUCGAAUGACUUUUGAGACGGCUUCAAAGUUCAUUGUUCAAGCUGCAUUCCAUGGGGAGGUAGACACCUUGGAAACUCCAUCUGCUAGGAUCUGUCUUGGUUUGCCAGCAAAGAUGGGUACCGGCAGCUUUGAUUUGAUGCAGAAAAUUGAAGUCUGAUAAGUCAAAAUUUUUUGCCUCAUUUCUUGAGUUUUGAAUUAUUUAAUUAACUAAAUUAAGUACAUACCAUUUCAUUAGUUCUUGGCAUUAGGAGAGAGAGUGAGUUUGGAUGUAAAUUCUGGAUGCUACAAAAUUUUGUAUUAUUAGCUUACUGUUGUAUUAUUUAUACAGCUUAACAUGUAGCAACAAGUUUGUGCAAUUUUGUUAAGAAGUCUAAAAAAAAUGGCUCAGAAUUUUUGCCCCUUAGAAUUAUCUGAGCAAACUACUAA